AUGUCACAUAGUAAUCCUACGCGCAUACGAGUAAUCGUAAUUGUACAUUUACUCACUCUAACCUUAUUUAGUGAGCAACAAUUUCUUACCUCUGCUGCAAAGACCACUGCUUUAUCCGAUGAAAGAUUAAAGGAAAUUGAAAAAAUACGCAGCGAACUGAAUGAGGCCUUCGAAGCUGAACAAGAAAAUGCUGCGGAACAGGUGAGUAGGACUACCAUUUUCGCCGAACCCUUAAUUUUUUGGCUGCAACCGACCACGAAGCGUAGCGAUAAGGAUGUGUAUGCCGACAUGGAUCCUGGGAGCAAGGACGAUUUGAUGGGCGAGUUUAGCGAAAUGAACUAUCAGCUAGCGUCACCAGAUUUACCGGCAGGCACGCCACAAAGCGAUGUGCCAGUAACUACUUUGAAAAGAGAUACCAGUCAGCUACCAACAGUUAAGGAUGCACCCGUUGACAUCACAAAAGAUUUGCAUGAGCUGCAGCGCUUAAUCGGCAACCUGCAGGAGCUCCAACGCUUGAACCUCAGCGUAUCUUCAGAUUUGCUGCGUAAAGCGGAUGCGAAGUAUUUGGAAACGCUGAAGAAGCAGCAAACAGCCGCAGAUGACACUAGUAAAAGUCGGCGCCAAAGUGUUACGCCGCUUAUAGUGAUGGCAGUGAGUGCGGCCACCGGUGAGAGCACAACAGGAAGCGCAACAACAGACACCAGCACAGAGAAGAGCGCGGCCGACGGCGAUUCUGAUCUUGCUCUAGAACCAGUAGACGUGGAAGCUGCGGCAAGCGCUGCAACGAACAGCAACAGUGCGACAGAAGUGAGCAGCAGCAGCAGCACGACAACUACGGAAGAACCGCGCAAUGGCUCGCUGGCUGAUCUGGAAGACUCUUUUGGUGGCGUCGAUACGAAUAAGGAAGAACCGAAGCCACCCAAACGCAAGAAUGGUUUCUACUUCUUAGCCGAUUGGAAUUCCUUCCUCGAAGUGGGUGAUGGCGAUGACCAGGUGAUAGUACGCUUGAGUCCGAAAAUAGGCGAUCCGCGACUAUUUUUACCAGUAAAAAUACCAUAAAGUGGGUUAAAGGGGCUGUAGCGUGUAAGUGCAAAUGCAGAUUGGAUUAUUUUUGUAAAUAUUUAUUAUAAUUAGUUUUGCUUGUAAGAGAUUUCACAAAAAAAAAAAAAAAAAUCUACUAUUUGGACGGAGUCGAGUGCAAUAGAUGAUAAGCUUCUGACUCUUGAAGGACGGGACCGAAAAUUAUAUUUUUUUUUGAGUGGCUGUUGCUUUAUUAAUUUUUUCUGCAAGGAGUAUAAUUUAUAAGGGAGGACCUGCCGGUUGCUGUGCCCUGGGAUAAAGUUUCGGCACUGCAAAGUGACAAGAUCCGUCUGGUUGGGGUGGUGGAAUGACGCCGCUUGAGGGAGCCUCUUAGACUGACAGAUUAGUAACUCUGCUCUUAGCAAAAUUCAGUGGAGAAAAUAUCUAAGUUUGCCAUUUUCCAGGCUGCCAUCUAACCUAAACCCAAUCUGAUUCGUCUUUACCAUAUCGACCAGACCAGAGAGGUCGUAAGGUAGCUCUCCGAGUUUGUAUCACUUCGUUAAGGUAUAUCGUUGCUAACCAAACCUAUACUUUCGCCGAGGAUAAUUAUAGAGCUUGAAGUGGGCCAAAUGGU